UUCUAAGAGUCGGCUUUCCACGGAAACGAAGGCAUCGUAAUAGACCGCGCCUAUCGCGGUGCUACCUAUCCGCCACGCAGAAGAGUCGCUCUGAAGAAUACCUCGAUUUACGGAAAUCGAAUCUAUGACGGAGAGGGGAGCUGCACCUCUUGCUAUUACGCUCUUAUGGAUAUCUCUCAAUGCAGCGCACUUAUUGAUCAUACAAUCUUCGACAGCAACGAGGCUGUAGGAACCUCAAGCCAAUCCGGGGAUGCGCCAAUUCUGAAGCUUGGGGACCGGAAGUCCGAAUAUGUGAUCAUUUGCCAAUCGACUUUCCAAAACAACCACAAUAGAGAAGCCUAUUACUGGGCGAGUCAUCACAUCGUCGAAAUUAGAGCGUAUGAGGCGAGUGUAAUAGUCGAAAAGAGCAUAUUUACCGGCAACAGUCGGCAAAGUGAUACUCGUAGCACAUCUAACGACGGGGCUGCACUAAAAGUCUCAUACCCAUCCGGUAAUGAAGAUGCAUGCACUGGAAAAUUAAAGCUAUCUCAUAUGGAUGUGUAUCCUAUAGGUGAUGUCGUGAUCAGCGAUUGCAUCUUCGAGGACAACAAACCAGGCGCUAUCUACAUCGACAGCAUGUACGACCAAGGAGGCUCGGUGACUGUCAGAAGAUCAACAUUUCGUCGGAAUACGGCGCUAAGUGGUGAUAGUGUUGAUGAAGCAAACGACCGCUCUGCGAUACGAGUCAAGGGCUAUCGUCACGUUGAGAUCGUGGACAACUGUUUCGUGGACAACGAGCUCACAACAAUGAUACACGCGAUCGACCGGGAUGAAGACCGCCUCGAUACGGAGACAUUCACUCUCAGUGGCAACGGGCUUGUACCAAGAUCAGUGGGUGGUGGAUCAGACGUGUUGUUCAAGUUUGAGAAUCCCAAUCAAUACUAUGCGGGGAUCAUUAUCGGGACAAACACGCAACGGUGCGCCAAUGUGUGUGGAAACGGCCUCGUGAUGCCGGCAAUCGAGACAUGCGAUGAUGUCGGAACACCCGACGUCUCUGCGACACCAGAAAGCGGCGACGGCUGUAGUGCGUCCUGCACGAUUGAGCAGGGGUGGGAGUGUGAAAAUCAGGAAACUCACGGUGACGAGGGACACGGACCCUCUGUCUGCUCACGUGGGUGAAGACAGAAAAGAGAGACAUAGGACAUAGUGCUAUGUCAUGUUUGCCUGUUGGCCUCACGUGUAUUUGCAGCUCGGCCGAUGCUCCCCACCCUUACCACUAAAACCCCCAACAGCCGCAUAUUGCCUUUCGCAGUGGAAAUCACCCUCUCCGAGCCAGCCAAAUCCGGCUCUUUUGAGGUCGCUGAUAUUGCGCUAUCUGGUGCUGCUGAGGCGUCUGUUACAUCCCUACAAACCAUCUCCAACCAGCAGUUCACUGCCAAUGUGCAGCCUACAAGCGGUGGCAGCAUAAGCAUUCAGCUGGUCGCCGGUACAGUGGAGCUGCACAAUGUGCCUGGCUACUUCAACCAAGAUUCCAACCUUUUAACCGUAACCAUCGGUGAGUAGGUGGACACACAAUGCAACGAAUGUACAUAUUCUUGUAAUCUUUCAGAUGCAAUCAGACCGACUCCUGUCUUGACAGCAACAACAGCUUCUCCUGAUGGCAUCGUGAAGAGCGACCCUUUCAGCGUGACAGUGACAUUUGAUGAGCCAAUAUUGGCGUCGACACUGACUGCGAGUGACUUUGCCACUACGAACGCUUCUGUUGUCAGCAUUAGCGAGCUGGGGGCCUCGAGCGACACUUUCAGCAUUGGUGUAGCGCCAGAUGCAGCGGGAGGGAUACAAGUGCAGCUUCCGGAAGCCAGAACGGAGGACCUUGUCGGAAACCCAAACAUGGCUUCAAACACCUUGACAGUCACAUACGGUGAGCACACAAAAAUUGCUUCCUUUCGCUUCUUCAUGCAUGCCUCUGCUGCUGCAUUGCUCCAGAGAUGCCACCAACCACAAUCCCGCCAUCGACCGUCAAGCCUCCCACCUCGCCACCGGGUUCGCCGCGGCAUUGACUGGCAUCAAAAGUGGCGAGAUGGCCCUCUGCAUCUGUAUGUGUCAGACUCCGGUGGAGGGGAUGUGCCACCAGACGGCGAAGAUGGUGGCCCUGGCAAUGGUGGCCCUAGUAAUGGUGGCCCUAGUAAUAAUGGCCCUGGUAAUGGUGGCCCCGGCGACUGUUAUCGCCCUGAUUGCCCUCCUUGCCUCUGCGAGGACGCUUUGGAUAACAUGUUUCCUCCCUGGCAAGAGGCAGACAUUUCGUCUGGCGGAGCCGAGGGCGACCCGGCGGAAGGCUGCAGCACCAGACUUGGCACCGGUGGUCAGCAUGGAUUGCAGGAAUCCGUGGGCAGGCAUUUUCUUUCUGUGUCUAUGUCUCGCACAUGAGUUCGGAGUGUGUGUCUCAUGCAGGGUUCCGUAUUUCAUGCAAGGACUCGCAGCACAUGAAGACCAUCAGUCUAUCCGAGACCACUUUUGUCACCGUCCUCGAGGGCUCGACCAAUGACGAUACGCUCAGAGGCAAUUCGAAAGACAACACUCUCAUUGGCGGAGACGGCGACGACAGCCUAGCUGGGCGCGGAGGAUACGACCAACUGAUUGGUGGCCGAGGAUCCGACACAUUCGUCAUCACAGAUGAGCCGUGCGACGUGACGAUCCUUGACUUCGAGACCGGCGCAUCCCACGACAAGCUCAACCUGCGCAUAUUUCCCUCCAUCACAAGUAUGGAGGCCCUCGAGCAGCGGAUGACGAGUGGCAGCGUGAUAAUCGACGUCGAUGACACGCACAGGGUGACGAUAGCGAACGUCAUUCCAGAAGAGGUCCUCGAUCCCACAUACUUUCUCCUCAGCGAGGGAGCGGACGAGGCUAGAAACAAUGGCGAUGACGAAUGCGGCUGGUUCACCUACAGCCGGCCCGAAUGCGUCGACACCAUUCUGUCCAUCGUGCUUGGAAUCGUCGGUGUUGCCGGCCUUGGGGUCGGCGCCUGGCAAUUCUCACACAACUUUUUGAAGCGGGGCCAGAAGCCGACCGGGGCGGAGGAAAAGGGCGAAAAGGAGAUGGACCCCCGCAAGCGAUCGGUAUCUGACACUCGAGACAGCCGCAAAAAGAGUUACCUCCAGAGCAAGUCCGAGAGGCGGGUGCCGCGCAGCGAACACCCCAACUUUGUCCAGACCCUGCAGGAGGACAAACCAUCAGGAGAUGAGAGCGGGACGUGCGGAAGGGUGGAGGAUGGUGCUGUCAGCCGCGUCUGAACUUUGCUUUUGCGGUGGCCGAAGUUUUUCUUUCUUCUUUUUUCCCUUGUUUGUGCAGUCGGUCAUCAGACAAUUUGUUUUUAUGCAUGUCGGCCAUCAGACGACUUUUGUAUCAUGUGUCAAGUCUGCUGCAGAAAGUGAAUCUCUCUUGC